GUGUGUUUCGUGUUUCCAAACGAACCCACUUCCUUCUGUGUUUGAUGUCGUGGUAUGCAUUUACAAUCCUUAAGGCAUAGGCGUAUGCCACGAAAUUUGGACAAAAGGAUUAUCAUGAGAUCCCUAAAUUAGGCUUCCACCUCGGAGCACUCUGCGAAGAAAGGUCGACCAAGCAUCGACACAGGGGUUGGGUGACAGAGUCCUGCUUCCGGAGAACAAGGCGAGAAGACGUAACACACAAAGUAGUACCUGCUUGACCUACAAGUCUAUACGCUUGCAGCCGUACCCUACAUUAGGUCCUCUCUAUCCGAAUGAACAAAUAAAAUUGCCCAAACGCGUGGGGAGUCUUUCUCAGUCGCAUUUUGGCGCGCACAUCUCGGUUUGACACCGUCGGCGUAUGCCUGCGUGACCUCUUGGUUGAAGCCAGCCGGCAACCAGAAUUGGACGGGCAACCGCAAUGGGUGGCUCUGAGGUGAACCUGAACCACCACCAAACGCGCGGGAGGACUACUUCGUCCAGGAAGCCAUCCCAGAAGACCCCGGCCGCCAGGUCGAAGGGAAAGGGGCGGCCCAGGUCGGCGACCCGCAAGAAGAAGGCUCUACACACGACGUGUCCAUCCACGGCCACGUACGAAGAACCACCCCAGCCGGAGCCCGAAGAGGAGGAGCCCGAGGAAGAGGAACCCGAAGAAGAGGAACCCGACGAAGAGGAACCCGAAGAAGAGGAACCCGACGAGGAGGAGGCCGAACACUCUGACUCCUCGUACACCCUGGACCCGGACGAGAUCGGCAGUGACGACGAGGAGAGCCAGAAUCUUCUACGUCCGUCCAACAUCGCGCCCAUGCGCACAAUCCUUGACGUUCGCGUCCCGCGCUCGGCGAUCGGCGGAGGAGGUGUCCGCCGGUCCGAUUUUGCUCGCCGCAAUUCCACCGGUGGCCCUGGCCGCGGAGCCUCGUCCGCACGCGGCCGCCCAUCAUCCGUCGGCGGCCGCACUGGUCAACCCAGUCUUCUAGCCGGCCGCGGACACAGCAGGGCCUCGGGCGGUGGCGCAUCCGGCAGGCCUGGCGCUGGUGCUUCGGACGGUCGCGGCUGCGCGUCAUCCGUGGGCGGCGGCGGUCGAAGCGAAUGUCUCCUGAUGUAGUAAGGCGACGCGCACACUAUGUAGUACAUGGGCGAGAUAACACAGGAACAUGGACGAUAGAAAAUGUGGCUAUCGCGUGCAGGCAGGAAGUGUUUGCGCGUGAAGUUUGGGUGGCAAGGUUUCGUCAAAUAAUAUAUGGACCGGUGCGAGUAACGCGGACGCCUCCCGUGGGCACAGGGCAACCAGCCCCUGAAGCCGUACACACCUAUUGAUCAGCGAAGAGGAACAUCAAAUGCGACAUAAAAUGGCGAAAUGACAAAUCGGGGGUUGAAAUCGGCAAAAAAAAAACAAGAGAAAACAGGAAGAACCUCACUCAGAAAUAAAGACGCAGAGCCCAUGCCUCCUGCUCUCAACCCGAUGCCAAGGCUACGCAACGAUAAAACAGUUACCUCAUCCUAGACCACUGCAACUAGGCUCGCGGCCGAAGUCCAAGCAUUCCCCACAGAUUAACAAAAAAAACAAUCGGUGGUGAUUAUAAGAUCAGUCCACCAGCGCGUGCAUGCUCCACUUCCACUCGAACAAGAAAAAAAACAA